AUGAAAUGCCAGUGGCUAACUGCAGCUGUACACAGAAUUACUGAUGCCUAUGAAAUCCUGUAAACAUGUUGAUGCUGUUGGUAGGACCCAUUCACCUUGUUUCUAAUUUAAUAGGUAUUUUUGUUAAAUAAAAAUUUUUCAAGAUACCAUGUGUGGUCAAUGUCUUUCUAUCCUGAUAUUUUGCUAAUCCAUGGCGUUGCUGCCAUUAAUGUUUGCAGGUUGUCUUGAGCAUCUCUGCUACAAGGGGGAAAAAAAAAUCUGGACAAACCAUGCAAAGAAUCAACUAUCAUCUUCUUGGCUCUGUUUUGUAUAGGUUUGCAGAACUCUGUGUGAGUGUCUUGCCUUGGGGUUCCUUAAUUGCUGAGCAGUUCAGAAAUCCCAUUCUGUAGUUCUAGUACAGACUGCAGCUGAGGGAAAAACUUGGUGCAGGGUAACCCUGGGCAGGAAGCACAAGUCUCAUUAAGGUUGACUGCAAGGGAAAGCAGGUGUGUUUACUGUGCAGGUGGAUCUUUCUAUUUACAUCAAUCAGAUUACAAAAUUGAGGUUCUAAGGCAGAACACUAUAGAUUUCCUGUCCAGGCACAUCUACGCUUGAUUAUAUUAGGAAGCUGUCCUUGUGCUGUGCUUCUGGAAGAGAUGACUGCUACCUGCUAGUGCAGGCUGGGCUUAAGGGGGGAAGUACUCUCUGGGCUACCAGACUGUGGCAAGGUGUGGGGAGUAGCCAACAAGCCUUCUGUAUUGCUUGUUAAGAGGAAAAAAUAGGUGACUGGGAAGAGUGUGUGUGUAUGCUAGGAAAAAAUGCAGUUCUUGCAAGUAUUUCCUUGAGAGCCUUAUUGCUGAGGCAGGAUGGAUACAACUGUCAGUACGUCAGACAUGUGAAUUUCAUUCUCUGCCUUAUCUGGGUGAAUAGGAAUGCCAGCAUUAGCUUCUUGAACGUGCAGGGGAUUAAAAUCUAUGCUUGCAUAAAGGAGGGGACUAAUUAAUAGCUCAGAUAGCAUAGCAUUACAUUUCAAGGCAGAUUCAAGUGUUUCACAUCUCUGCUGCUGAUGAAAGGUGCUGUGACAAGAAUCCUGAUGCCGCUUCUCUUCUGUGAGCAAAGCAGGUCCACGUGAACCGUGGCAAUCCCUCUUGCUCCUCCCAUCGCACACUGCCACAGUGGUAGCUGAGAAGGGACGUCAAGCUACUGCCACAAACUGGAUUCCUGCCUUAGCAGCAGGUGUCGUUUGAUAGGGACGAGAGAAAUACCACGCGUGGCUGAGCUGCUUCCCUGGGACGUGGUGGCUGGUACCCUUUUCAGCAUCACUCUACCAUAGCACCAAAAUGAGUGACAAUGAAGACCAGGGUAGUCUGGCAAAUAUGGAUAAUUUAACAGAAGGAGAAGAAUAUGAGGAUGACUUUGAAAAAGACCUUGAAUGGCUAAUUAAUGAAGAGGAGAAGGAAAACCUUGGUGAAAGAGAGACUCCUGAAAAGAAAGAAGACGACUUUGAGGGGAAAAAUGCUAAAGUCAUGGCGACCUUUGAGGAAGACCAUGAGAAAAUGGAAAACAAUCCAGAUGAGCUUUCAGAAGGAGGCAUAGAUGUGAAAGUGAAGCCCCGUGAGGAGGAAAGUUUGAUGUCUGGAUCUGACACGAAAGAGGGAGACCAGGUUUCUGAUACUGAUAGUGAAUGCUCUAUCCAGGAAUCCAAGUUGGAAAACCAAGAGGAACUGGAUGAGGAGGUAGAUGAAGAAAUAAAGCGUUAUGUCUUGGAAAAAAUUGAGGAAGCCAACAAACUGCUGGAGAAUCAGGCUCCUGUGGGUGAGAACAGAGAGCGGAAAUUAAAAUUUAAGGAUACUUUGGUGGAUCUUGAGGUUCCUCCUCUUGAAGAUGCUGAAGUUUAUAAAGCAGACCUUGCAGGAGGAGGUGAUGUUUCAACUAAGCUGUCUCAGUUGCAUAUUUCUAAUAAAACGGGACCAGAAAGUGCAUCACUUUCAUUCCCUGCUGGCAAGAAUGAAGAACAGAAGAAUGGUAAAGUCUUAGUGGAAAAAGAUGGAAAGUUUGAGCUCUUAAGUUUACGUGAUAUUGAAAGCCAGGGCUUUUUGCCCCCAAUAAGUGUUUCUUUCACUGAUAUUGAAACCCAGCGUAUGCCUCCAAAAUCCUCUCACCUCAGUUCUUCUGGCACUGUCUCUAGAAUGAAGGAAGUACGUGCAAUAAGACAAGGCAUACGUUCUUUUUCUCCUGCUGCAGAAGAGUGUGCCUUUUUGCCUAAGCCUCCAUCUCACCCUAAACAUCGUCCAAAUUCUGCUAUCAUUGCUGCAAGAGGUCUGGGAAAACGGAAGACUCCACCAAGAGCACAGUCUGCAAACGUGCCCUUGAGAAGUUCCACUUACUGCCUUUCUCCUAGACAAAAAGAACUACGGAAGCAGUUGGAACAAAGGAAGGAAAAACUGAGGAAAGAGGAAGAAGAAAGGAAGAAAGAGCAAGAAGAACAGAAGAGAAGGGAGAAUGAGAUGGUGUUUAGAGCUUGGUUACAGAAGAAGAAAGAACAAGUGCAAGAAGAAAAGCGAAUUCGUCGUGCAAAGGAACUAGAAAACUUGAACACCAAAGAGAGAAACAGGAAUCCAGAAGAAGCGUUCAAGUUAUGGCUUAAAAAAAAGCACCAAGAACACAUGAAAGAAAAACAAAUAGAAAUUUUGAGACGGCAGGAAGAGGGAAUUACAUUUUUUCCAAGGACAGAGGAAUGCAACAGAGCUUUUAAGGAAUGGCUAAAAAGAAAGAGAGAAGAAAAGCGAGCUGAAGAACUGGCGGCUAAAGAGGCAGCAAGGCAGCUUCGAUUAGAAGCUAGAAGAGCAAAACAGAUGCAGAACAUGCACAGCAUUAGUUCGGAGCCUAGAUCUUUUCGCUUCAGAGACAAUUACAGUUGAAAAUUUGGAGGUAACCACUGAGUUCUUGGGGACAGCCCUCUUAAUUUUUAUGGCUUGAGCUACUGCUGUUUACAGCUACUGACUUUGUGGUGUUUUUAAAGCUUUCUAGCAAAUUCAACAGUCCCCUUCACUGACAAUGGUUUUGCUAUUUAUUUAUAAUUAAUUUUGUUGAAAAGCCUGCUUUUAUGCACAACUCAGGGAUCUUCUUGGUUUGACCAAAUCAAAAUGAGAGCAAGAUCUGUUUGCAGGGGUGGCAAAUACAUUUCCUUUUAAAAGGCACUUUAUAUUGAACUCCACCAUGAAUUCCUGGAUGCAGGCUAUUAUGAUGUUGAUUUUUUUUUUUUCUGGAUUAAUAUUGGUAUUUGCUGCUUGUGAUGAGUGUGCAACUUGUGGUGUUGAAAAAUGCUUUCUGGAAUCUUUGCCACUUUCUAUUGGCUUGUGGAGCAGCUGUUCCAGCCCAACUAUUCUAACUAGGGGAAGUGGUGACUAAAGGCUAAUGUGUAUGUGAACCUGCAAGUUUCUGGAACUUCUUUUCUGUGAGUCAAACUGAUGCAUUCAUAUUUAGUAAUUUUCUAUUCCAUGAAAUGAAAGAUAAUGUAAAUUAUGACCUUUGCCAAUAUCAAGGAAGCUGAAUUCCUUGUGUACAUUUCCAUGUUUGCUACGUUUAUUAAAAUAUACCACCACCUUGAUAUUGGGAACUCGUGAUAGAGAAUGUGCUGAAAUGACUUAUGAAAUCAAGGUUAUCUGCGGGGAACACAGGGUCUGAAAUGAGCUGUAUUAAAUCCAAAAUUGUAACUUGUAAGCAAAGAAAAUUUAUUGUAUUCUUCAUGCAAACCAAAGCAUGCCCAAGAAAGCAAGAACUUGUAACUUGCUAAUUCUGUUUGUAGUAUGAGACUUAAAAGAAAAAAAAAAAAAGGGGGUGAAA